GAAGCGCGGUGCUGAGUGUGUGUACUGGCAAGAUCCAAUAGUCUCAGUUGAAUAGCAAAUUGGUCCAAAUUAUUGAAAGGGAAAAAGCCUUGGGAAGAGGAGGGGUAGAAGUAGGAGACGGGAGGAGGGGGGCAGCAACAACCCUUUUCCCUUCCCAGAUGGUGAGAACAGUGUCGAUCGCAUCACAUUCCGCCGAGCGUUCUCAGUCGUCCUAUGGUGAAGUGCCAUCGCUCUAAUCAAAAACAAACGGAGCCGCAGCCUUCGCUUGCGCUCAACUCAACUCCAGUACGGAACGUCCAUCCUUGGCUGUGCGAGGUCUCCGUCUGGCCGAUAUUCGGUGGCGACGGGGCCUUGAACGAUUGAACUGUGGUUAAUUGAAGAAGCGGGAGAAGUAAAUACUAGCACACCACUCAAGACGAAGUGACAAUGGAGAAGCGCAGGGAGGCGGGAGUCUAACGUGGAUAGGGGGCACAAAUCAAAUCAAACUAUUUACAAUUCGGAUUAUUUCCAUUUUUAACAAUACAUUUUCAGAGGGUUCUUUAUCAGAUUUUUCUGGCCAUUAUCACACGCAAGCAUGAACGGAAAGGAAACGAGGUUUUGCACGGGAUGCUGGAGGCUACUGAUGCUGUCAAACAUUCUGAUUCCCCUCUUUGUACAUGGGAACACUCUGGGGGCCAAUGUCACUGAGUUGGACACCAUAGCCAACGUGACAUCCCUGCCCAGUAAGGUCGAGGAAGCGGCCAAAGUGAAUGAUGUCGUUAUCGAGGUGACCGGGGUCAGCAGCUCUUUCAGCCCCGUCGUCACGGUGACCCAGAAGGUCAGUCGCAUUCCCCGCUCCGAAGAGGAGCAGGGCAGCGGCAUGCUGGGAGAAGGGGUGUUGCCAGCCGAGGAGGAGGUGGUAACCCCGCCCAGGAUCAGCCCCGACUCAGCAGAGACAGAGCUCCUGCUGCCUAGCAACCCCCGUGGCACGGAGGAGGAAGAGGAUGAAGAGGAGCACACUUACCCAACAUGGCUCAACAGCAGAGACAACGUCUUCGACCUGGACCGCCGCUACCAAGAAGGAGUAGCCAAUCUGGCCACCACCACUGCCCCGCCCCCCGCCGCCGCUAACCCCUCCCGCUCGGACGUCCUCACCGUGGACUUCUUCGACCCCGCCUCUCGUGGCCACGGCCACGGCCUGGACCUGGCCCCACCCUCUCCCUCCUCAUUGGCCCACGAGCUCCAGGGCGGUGACCCCACUUCCUGGGCCAUGCCAGACAACUAUGACUACCUCAAGCCGUACGAGGACGGUGCGUCGCCCACCUCUGACGAGUACUCAUACAGCACCACUACCGAUACCCUGGAUGGGGAUGACGACUUGAGGCUAACUGCUGCGCCUCCAUCCCGCUCCGGGCCCAGGGCUCCCCCAGGUUCCGGCUCCUUCACCCCAGACAAGAGGCUGCCCAGUGGGGGUGCUGCUGCUGCUCCAGAGGGCCCUGCGGCCGCCCCUCCAGCAUUACCAGUGGAUGGCUCAGACGGGGCCGGUGGCUGCCGCCAGGGCUAUGUGAAGCAGAAUGGAACCUGCCGCUCCCCCUGUGACACACUACCCAGCUACUGCUUCAACGGAGGCCAGUGCUACCUUCUGGAGGGCAUGGGUGUCUUCUGCAGGUGUAAUGUCCAGGACUACAUCUGGCACAAGGGUUCCCGCUGUGAGUCGGUGGUGACAGAGUUCCAGGUGUUGUGUCUGACCAUCGGGGCGUCGGCCCUCAUGGUGCUGCUGCUCUUCAUGAUCAUUGUCUGCUUCGCCAAGAAGCUCCACGUGCUCAAGACCGAGAACAGCAAGCUGCGCAAACGCAGUAAGUACCGGCCUCCAUCGGAGCAGCACAAUGAUAAUUUCUCCCUGUCCACCAUCGCUGAGGGCUCCCACCCAAAUGUAAGGAAACUGUGCGACACCCCUCCUAACGUCCCUCAUGCCCGUGCUUUGGCUUACUAUGAUAACAUUAUCUGUCAGAAAACCAUGAGCAGAUACACCUGGGAGUGUAAGACCAAAGAGGAGCCCGACUGUAAGGAUGAUCCUAAUGCCCCGAACAAGCUGGAGGACUCGACAAGGCCCCGUGCCCAAGAGGAGAAUCCUGAACAUCCACAACUCCGACCUCCCAAACACGAGAACCACAAAGUACUGGGCGAGGAGAACUCCGGAGGUAAACUCACUGAGAACAUGAUGUAG